AUGUCGCAGCCGCCGCCGCCGCCGUUCCCCUCGCGCUUCCCGCCGCGCUGCUUCCCGCCCCUGCGGCGCAAGGCCGAGAGGAGCCGCCAGAAGCGGCGGCGGAGGAAGCGGCUGCGGGAGGAGGCCCGCGCGGCCCGCGAGGAGGAGGCGGCCCGCAAGGCCGAGCGGGAGGCGCGCAUCGACCGCUGGAGGGCCCGGCGCGCCCAGGAGGUGGAGGAGAAGCACCGGGAGCAAGAACUUAAAGCCGCUGCAGAUAGCGUGUUGUCUGAAGUAAGGAAAAAGCAAGCAGAUACAAAGCGGAUGGCGGAAAUACUGCGUGGCUUGGAAAAACUGAGGAAGCUAAGAAAAGAAGCAGCAGCAAGAAAAGGAGUCUGCCCACCCCCUGAAGCAGAUGAAGCCUUUGAAAAUGAAGUCCAGAGCUUAAGAACGCUGAUUAAAAAGCGCACCGAGGUGUACGAAGCCGAAGAACGAGCGCUGCGGGUUAUGCUAGAAGGAGAACAGGAGGAGGAGAGGAAAAGAGACCUGGAGAAGAAACAAAAGAAAGAAAAGGAGAAGCUGCUGCAGCAGAAACGAGAGAUGGAUAGCAAGCUCUUUGGGAAUCCAGAGGAAUUUCCCCUUUAUCACUUUUUGGAGCCGUUCAGACAAUAUUAUCUACAAGCUGAAUAUUCAGUGCCAGCUCUCAUCCAGAUAAGGCAUGAAUGGGACCGGUUCCUGGUGCCAGCAGAUCACCCAGAAGGAAGUUUCAUCGCACCAGGAUGGGUCCUCCCGAGUCCGCCUUCCAGCGACAUUUGGGCCACAGCCGUUGGCUGAUGCCGCCGAGUCCUGACAGAGCCCUGGAGGACGCGAUGAAGUACCUUUCACAAACCCAUCUGGUGUUAAAACACCUCUUUCUGUUUUCAUUAUAAAGCCCAGAGACACAAGGCAGACUGAAGUGUUAUAAGACAGUAUGAAACCAUGAUUGUCCCGGUGCUGGGGAGUUCUGUUGCUAGUCUUAUUUUUAAGAAGAGUUUGGUUUGAAGAAAUGUAUCAUGAUUCCAUUGCAGAUUAUUUGCAUCUGUGGUGCAGCUGUGCACUUUAAAGCCAAAACAUUUGCCCUCAGAAUUUUUCAAGUCACAGAAUGAUGCUGCCUUUAAUUUUAAGAAGAUACCAGCUGCUUAUUGGCGGCCAGCCCUCAGUUAAGAACCUGUGCUGUUAACCGUGUCCUACUGAGGCCAAGUACAGUCUUCAAGCCAUGCAGCAAACACAGCUGCUACAUAUUAUUGCACGUGUUUCUAAUAAUCUGCUCUUUUCUGGAAAAUCAGUGUUUCUAAUCCAAAAACAGUCUAAUCAAAGGCAGUUAAUGAACCCCUUAGAGGUGCACCCAUGUUCUCAAGUUACUGCUAUGUUUCUGGUCUUCCAGUUUUAAAAAAACUUCUCUGAUUAUUUUGGCCUUAUACAUAGUGAAUUAAGUGAAUCGGCAGAUGUGAGUAAUUAUCACUUCAUUGCAAGUUUGGCUUUAAACAUUUAAAAACACUUUGAGGCAAAGUUGAGAGAAUUACAGGCAGCAUUGCCGUUUUCCUGGAGCAUAUUACACCUAGGUUUUCGUUUGUACAAGGGAAGCUCUAUAUAAUUGAGAAAGCCAUCACUUUUUCUAUGAUCAAAUUGGGAAAACUAGAGAAGACGUGGUACUGGUUGGAGUAAUGUGAGUUUGAUUGUACCUGCAUGGAAUGGAGCAAUGAAUGUUAAAUAUCUCACACAGCUCCCUAAAACAAAUGUUAGUGGCACAUUCUCCGUGGCUGCUGGAAUUUCUGCAUUGAAGGUUAUUGUGUUUCGGCAAAGAACAAACAAACAGCCAUUUGGAUGGAUGAGCAUAAUUAAGAAGUGGAAUUUCUCCAUUGGCCUGGCAGUGGAACCAUUGAAGCCACAUAGUAUCUGUUGGACAAGAUGUGUGGCCUCCAGUUAUCCUCGACUUUUACUGAACUGUGCGAUAAGUCAUUGGUAUACAUUAUAUUAAUUCCAUUUUUUCAUUAUAUGAAAUGUCUGCUCAAUCUUUACUUUGUAAAGACUUUAAAAACACAAGCCAUGUUCCUGCGAGAACAUAGAUAUGUGUUGUUUUUUAUUUGUAGUGUAAGCCACCAGGGAGCUUUAACCUGGCAGAUGACAAAAAUUAAACCUGUCUCGACUCUGACUGUGUACCAGGGUCGUGGGUAGCUGAAUCCCCUGGUCCAAAAUUGGCUUUAGUUUAAUACUUGAAUGUCAUCCAAACAUGAUGUAAUUGAUGACCCUAAUGCAAGGUGGUAAAUUGUCAGAGUUGUUUGCAAUGCUAUAUUUAAUAAAC